GCCCCUCUGGUGUGGAUUUUAUGUAAAUGUGCGCCACGGGUCCCGCAGUGCACGUGGAGCGGCUGUUCCCGGGGAGAGGCGGCCGAGCCGAGAACGCGCGCCCACCAACAGGCAGCACGAGCCGCGUCCGCCCGGGGCCGACGGGCUCCGGAGGCUGUUCCUGUUCCACACGUAGGAACGGACGAGCCCAGCAUAUCCAGCCCUGAAGGAAUCCGCCCGGGAUCGCCGGCGCACAGGAUGGAAUAACAAGCAGGGCUGAAAGACACACAGGAGUCUUCAUGGAUAUAGUUGAUACAUUUAGCCAUUUAAUUCCUACUGAACAAUUAGAUGAUGCCCUAUUUCUAGGAUCCAACCUGGAGAAUGAAGUCUGUGAGGAUUUUAGUACAAGUCAAAAUGUCUUAGAGGAUUCGCUGAAGAACAUGCUCAGCGAUAAGGAUCCUAUGCUAGGAUCUGCAAGUGCCCAGUUCUGUUUGCCUGUUUUGGAUAGCAAUGGUCCCAAUUUCCAGAUGCCUUGUUCUACAGUGAUUAGCCUGGAUGAUACUAUGGAUGAAGAAGGAGUUAAAGAGAGUGGUAAUGACACCCUUGAUGAUGAUGAGCUUGUUUUACCUCAUAGGAAUUUGAGGAGUCGUGCUGAAGAAACAUCAGUCACAUCACCGAGGAAAUCACCACGCUUAAUGGCACAAGAAUCAGUACGGAGUCUCCGACAGAGCACCCUGGCCAAGCGUUCGAAUGUUGCUCCUCCUGUUAGUACCAAGAAAUCGUCUGUAAAAGGUGGAUCUACUCCAAAAAGUGGACAGAAACGAGAGAGAAGUCCAGUUAAAGAGACAGAUGUUGCUGCACCCUCGAAAGUAGAGCAGCCUAAAGAGGUUAGGCGUAGUACAAGACGAUUAGGACAGAUAGAAGGAACAGCGGCAGUAACAGCAUCCCAAAGUAAUACAAAAUGUCUGCCUGGUCCUGAAGAUGUGAAUGAAGUAAAGUCCGAAACCCUUGAUCAGGCAAAAGUCCAGGAAACAUCCCAAGAGUUAAGUUGUGCUAAUUUUACAGGAGCCUGUUCUCCUUCUGGAGAAACAAAGGAAAUAGCAGAGGCUGCAACAAAGACUGAAUCUGGGAAUGAUGAGCCAGUUUGUUCAGUAUCUGCAGAUACUGAAAUGACUCCAGUUAAAAAUGAGUCAAAUGAUGUGGUUGAUUCAAUGGACUUGGGAAAUUCUUCAGAAGAAAAAGCUGAUGAUAAUAAAGCAGAGGAAUCAGAGAAGAAAACAGAAGAGCAUGAUGAAAUUGGAGUAACUGGAAAAGCUAAUGAUCCAUCUAGUACUUGUGUGAAUCCAAAUGAAAUUUGUGACACCAUUUCAGAUUUGUCUAGCUCUAUAAAAGAGGGGGUUGAUUGUAGUUUAGGUUCCCACAAUGUGGAAGUUCUUGAUGAAAAUACACUGUCAGUAAAGAAAUGUGUAACAGAAACUGGAGAUGAUGACAAGGGAGUGGAGAAAACUGUAACUCCAUCUGAGAAGCUAUUGGACAGUACAGAGUUUGAUAAUAAAGACUUAAAAAGCAAAGAGUUGACUUCUGCCGACCCAGGAAGUAGCAUUUUAGAAAGCAGUGUUCUUGACCAAACAAACCAAAACGUACAGGAUCAGAUCAGCAGUAUUAAAGUAGAAGGCCCAGAUGCAUUAAAAUUUCAGGAUGAUGAGAAACAAAUUAGCAUUCCAACAAAAUGUGAAAAGAACAUUAGACCCCGGCAUAGUAAAUCUGUAAUACAGAAUAAACAAAAUCUGACUGCAGACACUCGGCAGAAAUCGGGUACAGUGCAACAAGAAGUGAUGCGUUCAAGAACGCGAGCUGGUGUUACUGCUUCGGGUCUUCACAGUCCAUCUUCAGCAGGUCUGAAGCGGAAUGCAGAUGAGCAAGAGAGUCAUCAGCAUCCGAAUAACCCACUUAAAAUUAGGAAGAAACAAUCUGAUCUGAGUUUGAAAGCAAAGAGCUGUGUUUCAGGAAUGACCAUAAAAAAGCAGAGUAAUACGUUGCUGAAGAAAAUACCCCGAGUCCAGGCUUCUGGGCAAGCACAGAAGUCAUCAGUUCAAAGAGCAAGUGAGAAAUCUCCUACUCUUCAAAGCUGUCCUAAAGAUACCCACCACUCUGUGCAUUCGUUGUCAGGGCAUGUUUCAAGUCUUGGUCAGAAGCAAGCCCACGGGCAGAAACACCAGCUUGCAACUGGGCUAAAAACAAAUAGCUCCACAAAGGAAGAGACAGAGACGAAAGAUCACCCUGUUGUAGAACAUCUGAAAGAGGAUGAUAAAGAAAAAAACAAAUCAAAAAGAAAUGAUAAGACUCUCCAACCUCGCCAGAGAAGAAGUAGCAAAAGUCUUUCGCUUGAUGAACCUCCAUUGUUCAUUCCAGAUAACAUUUCAACUGUUAGAAGGGAAGGCUUGGAACAUACCUCUGCUAGUGAAAGUAAACAUGUUUGGGUGCCCAGCAAGCAGUGUGGCUUUUGCAAAAAGCCACAUGGCAACAGGUUUAUGGUAGGUUGUGGUAGAUGUGAUGAUUGGUUUCAUGGUGAUUGUGUUGGACUGAGCCUUUCUCAAGCACAGCAGAUGGGUGAAGAAGAUAAAGAGUAUGUGUGUGUGAAAUGCUGUGCUGAAGAAGACAAAAAAAUGGAGUGUUUUGAUCAAAGUGUACCAGAUACUCCAGUGAAACUUGAGCAUAGAGAAGAAAAAGCAAUUGAGUGUGAAAAACUGGGGAUGUCGAAGCAAACACCUGCUUGUAAUCUAAAUACGACAACUGAAAAAACAAAGCAAAUGGAGGACACUGGGAAGCACAAAGUCAAAAUCUUCAGGCGGGAAUCUGGUGAAGGGAAGAACUUGUCAGAGUCCAGAGACUUGGAUACAAAAAAAGGGCAGCAUGUUACUGCUCGGAAAGGACCACAAACUGGUGUAAUUCCUCGGCGAUCCCCUGAAGAUAAAAAUGAAAAAAUAAGUAAAGAAUCCCUUAGUAUGGCAGAAAGGUCCACAAAAUCAGGUGUUCAUGAGAAACAAGAAAUUAAGAAAAAGAAAAAUGAGAAAGGAUCCAUUAGUGCAACACACCUGCCGGCCGUGCCAGCUUCUAAACCUUCUGCUGAUCAGAUAAGACAAAGUGUCAAGCAGUCUCUUAAAGAAAUUCUGAUGAAAAGAUUGACAGACUCCAGUUUAAAGAUUCCUGAGGAGAGAGCAGCAAAAGUUGCCACAAGGAUUGAAAGAGAGCUGUUUUCUUUUUUUCGAGACACUGAUGCAAAGUAUAAGAACAAAUACAGAAGCUUAAUGUUCAAUCUAAAAGAUCCUAAAAAUAAUAUAUUAUUUAAGAAAGUACUGAAAGGAGAGGUUACUCCAGACCAUCUAAUAAAAAUGAGUCCAGAAGAAUUGGCUUCCAAAGAACUGGCUGCCUGGAGACAGAGAGAAAACAGACAUACAAUUGAAAUGAUUGAGAAAGAACAGAGAGAAGUUGAAAGAAGACCUAUCACAAAAAUUACUCACAAAGGAGAAAUAGAAAUUGAAAGUGAAACACCAAUGAAAGAACAAGAGGAAGUAAUGGAAAUUCAGGAACCUAAUAUGAAGUUGUUUGAGAAGUCAGACGAAGCUGAAAAAGAUAAAGAAAUAAAUGAAUCUGCAUCUCCGGACACCACAAGUCAACAUAAAAAUCAUCUCUUCGAUCUUAACUGCAAAAUCUGCAUAGGACGAAUGGCACCACCUACUGAUGAUCUUUCUGCGAAAAAAGUGAAAGUGUCUGUUGGAGUUGCACGGAAACAGUCAGACAAUGAAGCUGAGAGCAUUGCAGAUGCACUUUCCUCCACAUCAAGUAUUUUAGCUUCAGAAUUACUGGAAGAUGAUAAGCAAGACUCAUCGAAAUCAUUCACCCCUCUCCCAAAGUCAGAAACGCCCGGUACUGUGGAAUGUGAAAGUCUGUUUCUGGCACGCCUGAAUUUCAUCUGGAAGGGUUUUAUCAAUAUGCCUUCAGUGGCAAAGUUUGUUAUUAAGGCUUAUCCAGUUUCUGGCUCUUUUGAGUAUUUAACAGAGGAUUUACCUGAUAGUAUUCAAGUAGGUGGGAGGAUAUCUCCUCACACUGUCUGGGAUUAUGUAGAAAAAAUCAAAGCUUCAGGGACCAAGGAGAUCUGUGUAGUUCGUUUUACCCCAGUAACUGAAGAGGAUCAGAUCUCCUAUGCGUUGUUGUUUGCUUAUUUCAGCAGCAGAAAACGUUAUGGUGUAGCUGCCAAUAAUAUGAAGCAAGUUAAAGAUUUGUACCUCAUCCCUCUGGGUUCCUCAGAUAAAGUCCCUCAUCACCUUGUGCCUUUUGAUGGGCCUGGGAUUGAAAUACAUCGACCAAAUUUGUUACUGGGAUUGAUAAUUCGCCAGAAAAUGAAGAGGCAGAUUACUGCUGUUUCAAGUGUUACUAGUAGUUUUGCGGAUGAAGCUGCUGAAAGUACCUUGAGUAGUGUGCCACCAGAGAAGAAAAGCAAGCCAAGCAAACCUGAAGUCUCUCAUCACGAGUUGGCACUAGAAGAAGAGGAAAAUAAUUUUUUCAAUUCCUUCACAACUGUGCUGCACAAGCAGAGAAAUAAACUUCAGCAGUCUAAUACAGAAGAUGUUCCAGCAGUUGUUGAACCACUGGUGGAAAGCACUAAACAUGAACCACCGAAGCCUCUCAGGUUUCUUCCUGGAGUCCUGGUUGGAUGGGAAAAUCAGCCUUCUACUCUGGAACUAGCAAAUAAACCAUUGCCAGUGGAUGAUAUUCUUCAAAGUCUGUUGGGUACGACAGGGCAGGUAUACGAACACAGCAAGUCAGAAACAGGUCCUAGUGAAGAGAUACCAUUAUUAAAUGAACAGGCAACCUUGAAAGAAGAAAACAUGGAUGUUGCUGAUGUAACUACGGAAGUUAGUGAAGCAAAGACUGGUUUGGAUGAUCUUCAGGAAUCCACUAACACUGCUGUAACUGUGGAUACAGCAGCUGCAGGGACCUCAAGUUCUGCAAAAAGUGCUGGUUCUUUGAUAGGGUUGAGUCUUAAGGGAAAACCUCCAGAUGUCUCCACAGAAGCAUUUUUAGCAACUUUAUCUGCUCAGUCACAGAAUAAAGAAACAGAAGAAAGUAAAGAAAAUGACCCAAAGUUGCAGGUACCAGACAAGGAUAGUGUUUCACAGGAAGUUAAAAGGAGCACAAAUUCCAGCUUUUCUUCCUCAUCAAAUGCAGGGAAAAAACCCAAUGAGAACAGUGUUAGUGUAGGUUCUGCUGAAGGUACCACUGCUAGUACCUCUAAAUCACCGCCAUUUAUUAAUCUUAAAAGAGACCCACGACAGGCAGCUGGACGAAGCCAGCAGACUAAUACUUCAGAAAACAAGGAUGGAGACGUUAGCAGAAGUGAAGACCGACAGAAUCCUUCAGGAAAUGAUCAAAUAGAACCAGAGAAUAAACAGUCUUCUGGAGAAGUGGGCUUAAACCUGUAUCAAAGUGAUCUGCAAACCAAUGAGUCGCAGUUCAGUUCAGCUGCAGCUAAAGCAGAUAGCACAGUUGCAUCACAAGCGGAAGAUAACAAACACUCACAGGAAGAUGCACUGAUGCAAAACAUUGAAACAGUGAAUUCGUUUAGAAGAGGACCAGCAGCAACUUCAUCUCAUUUUGAAACCGAAAAUUCUUCUCGUUCUGAAUUUGUUUCCAAAGUCCCAAACCCUGUUACAAGCAGCAGCUUCUCAUCUGUUGGACCUCCGCAGCAGAAUUUUCAGCAUCCUAAACCUAAUCCACCUGGAUUUCAGUUUCAGGCUCCUGCACCUCAUAACUUCCCUCAGCAAAACAACCCUAUGUUUGGAUUUCCUCCUCAUUUACCACCUCCGCUUCUUCCUCCUCCUGGCUUUGGUUUUCCUCAAAAUCCAAUGAUGCCAUGGCCACCAGUAGCUCAUUUAUCAGGUCAGCCACCACAUUAUGCUGGACCCAUUGCACAAGGGCUACCAGUGGCUCACAAACAAUCAAGAUUUUUGGGACCAGAAAAUUUUUUUCAGACUAAAGACAGUAGGAGACCAGAAAGACGCCACAGCGAUCCUUGGGGCAGAGAAGAACAGCAUUUGGAGAGAGGGUUCAGUAGAGGAAAAAAUGAUCGACAAAGGCUUUACAGUGAAACCCAUCACCAAAAAAAAGAGAGACAUGAAAAAGAGUGGAGCAACGAAAAAUACUGGGAGCAAGAUUCUGAGAGAAACAGACGCAGAGACAGAAACCAGGAAAAAGAGAGAGAGAGGAAGAGUAGAGAGGAAGGACAGAGAGACAAAGAAAGAGUGCGAUCUCCACACAGUGAUAGGGCUGCUGAUGGAAAAAGCCCCAGAGAGACUAGAAAUCCAGAAAAAAAGACAGAGAAGCCUAAAAGUGAAGAACAGGCUCAUGAAAAAGAUAAGGAGAGGGAGAAAAGCAAAGAGAAGCAUAGAGAACGAGAAAGUGAAAAGAACAGAGAGAGACAUAGGGACCACAGUGACAGAACUAAAAGUAAAAGGUAAAAAGAUGCAGGCAGUCUUUUAAAAUCCUAUUUAAAUAAACUGUUAGAGUAACGUCGUAAAACUUUGUAUAAAAAAAAAGAGCCUGCUAGGAUUGUGCCAUCUUUUUUAUUCCAUGUUGGUGUUUUGCAGAAACAAGUCUGUGUUUUGGUACCACUCGAUGUACCAAUGCUCAUCCUUUUUUUUCAUUAUACCAACUAUCGCUAGAAGUAGGAGUUUAAUAUUUUUAAAAAUUUUACAUUGCUGUAUAUUCAAAAUUUUAAAGAUUUCUUUUAUUAAUAUGCAAUAAAGGCUUAGGAAUUUUGUUAGUUGAGGAAGUUGGCUUUAGUCAAGUCUGCAAUAUAGUUGCUGCCUUUGGUAAUUUGUGCUCUCUUCUGUUUUAAGAUGCUCUGAUAAUUUUAAAGGUGAUUUUCAUACAAUAACCUUCUUUUUAAAUUGCACUGUUUUUAAAGACUGUAGCAAAGCCUCAGAAUCCACACAUUACAACAAAACAAUAUGCUUGGUGGUGUGAAGAGUUUGGGUUUUUUUUAAAUUAUUUGGUAGUACAAUAAAAAAAUUCAAGUGUAUUCAUUAGUUUUCAGGUAUUUCCUAAGCAUCUGAAGCAGUUUGUGACCAGAAAUUGGAAGGCUGAGCUGCUCGAAUGUUAAUGCUUUAAACUGCACUUGUUUUAAUAAGAAAGCAUUUUUAACCUAAAUUCUUGAAAAUAUGAUUUGUAGUAGUAAAUUCAUUUCUCCCACCAUUUUCCAUGCUUCAAAAACUUGAAUACCUAAGCUUGUACAUUACUUUGUGUUUUGCUAUCCUUUUUACUGUAAAAUGUAAAUAUUUUAAGGGAUAUUUUGAUUCUAAAAUGAUAAAACUUUCUCACAUACUGUGUGUGUUUGAUUUCAUAGGUGUGAAACUGUAGGCUAAAUGAAUAUGGAAAGCUGAAUCACAUAAUGCCACAUUUGUUGUAUGCUUCAUGGCUUGGUUUGUUUUGAGUUUUGGAGAACAAACAGGUGGGAGGGGCAGAAGAGUGUUUAUACCUUUGGGACUUGGGGUAAAUUGAUAUUUUGUGGUGAUUACCAUCCACUGAUGCCAAACAAUGCGAACGUGAAAACCAACUCAAGUCACCUACUCUUACACUUCUUAAAAUACACUGGGCAUCUUGUUGAAUCUGUCAGAAAUAACAAAAAUAUUCCACCAUAUAAAGAAAAAUUGAGAUUUAUUGUUCUGUUUUUCAGUGUUUUAUUUUUAGCUUUGAGUACACAACCUUACUGUGCUGCUGACAUAACAUUUUGCACGUAGCUGUAGAAAAGCCUCUUUUCUCCAGAAAGGUCUUCCCAGUUUGACAACACCCUAAUUGUUAGUUUUAAUUAUGAAUAUAUUUUAAAGUAAAAUUUUACUCGAAUACCUUGCAGGUAGCUUCGUGAUCAAAUUGAUCAAAAUUAAAAAUCUUGCACAGGAUAAAUGGGGUGGUGGUAGACUUUUAUUAGGUGAUGUUUCUUACGCUCAUAGUUGAGAAGGCUAAUUUAAAAAAAAAUCUUCAGUUUGUUAGUAACUAAAAGCAAUAUUUAAACAUUUUUAUAGAAUGAUAAAUUAAAUUAGUAUUUUCCAAAUUAAUUCCAUUGUCUGUAUAGCAGUAGUGCCAUUGGAUAUAUCUGGUAGUAUUAUGCAUGAGUUAUAUUGUUUAAAUAUUUCCAUUAGAGUUCUGUAGGCACAUGAGUUUAUCUAAGCAUCGUUCUCAUUUUGGAAGUAAUUUUUAAAUUGGCAGCUCUCCAUGUGAAGAUUUUCUUUUGACCUGUUCAAAAGCACUCUACUCCCAGUCUACUGGUGAUCUGCCUCUCACACGCACAUCCAUCUGUGCUUUGAAAAUAAACUGGGGGCAGUAAAAAUUGCAACUGCCUGGAUGGAAGGGAUGGGAAUGCUUUCUGCCAGAACUAUCACAAAUAAUUUGUUCGGAAAGAAUAUGUAAACAUUUUGCAAGUUUGCUGAGUGCUUUGCUACCUGCCUCAUGUAUGUAGAACCUAAAGAGAACUGUAGUAAAACAGCUCUUGAGGGAGAGUUUUGUUAAGUGUUUAAAUUAACAAAAAGCAACAGUCUGCAGGACAUGUUCCUAGGAACUGAGUUAGUGUAAUGGGAAUAAAUCCUGUUACCACAGGAAUAAAGGAUUUUAUUUUCUC